CUUCACUUGCUUCACGAUAGAUAGGUAUAAACGUUAUUUGCUUGUGUUUUUGUUUGUGAUUCUGAAAGUUUGGGGUUUGUCAUUUGUUUACCAACAAUUUCAAAUUGUCAUCAUCAUCAACAUAUGUCUAAUGAAGUUUAAACACCUUUGAAAGAGUUGCUACCAGCCACGAUGGCUGCCUCUGUGGGCUGUUUGAGGUCGGCCGGGCUCCGGCUGGCGUCGCUCAGUCGUCCCAUGUCGACAGCGGCGGCCGGCAGUGACGGGCGCCGGGUCCGUAUCGGUUGCGCCAGUGGCUUCUGGGGUGACACCUCCGUGUCGGCGCCGCAGCUGAUCCGCCACGGCCAGCUCGACUUCCUCGUGUUCGACUACCUCUCUGAGAUCACCAUGUCACUGCUGACAGCGGUGCGCGCGCGUCAGCCCGAGCUCGGCUACGCGCCCGACUUCAUCGAGGCCGGUGUCGGCGGCCAGCUGGCGCAGCUGAAGCAGCGUGGUAUCCGAGUGGUCAGUAACGCGGGCGGCAUCAACCCGCAGGCGUGCGCGGCGCGGCUGCGCGAGCUGGCCGCUAAACAGGGCGUGGAGUUGAAGAUCGCCGUGGUGAGCGGAGACGACCUCUCCAAGAGAGACCUGAGCGGACUGACGGAGAUGUUCACCGGCCAGCCGCUGCCGCAGAGGCUGAACAGUGUGCACGCGUACCUGGGCGCCGGCGCGAUCCGCGCGGCGCUCGACGCCGGGGCGGAGCUGGUGGUGACGGGCCGGUGUGCGGACAGCGCGCUGGCGCUCGGACCGCUGGCGCACGCGUUCGACUGGCGCUGGGACGACUGGGACCGACUGGCGGCCGGCAGUCUGGCCGGUCACCUGCUCGAGUGUGGAGCUCAGAGCACCGGCGGAAUCAGCACCGACUGGCGCCGCGUGCCCGACUGGCAUCGUAUCGGCUUCCCGAUUGCCGACUGCGGCGCCGACGGCGAUUUGGUGCUGACCAAGCCACCGGGCACGGGUGGCCUGGUGUCGGUCGGUACUGUGGCCGAGCAGCUGGUGUACGAGCUUGGUGACCCGCGCCGCUACCUGCUGCCUGACGUGGCGUGCGAUUUCAGCCGGGUGCAGCUGGCGGCCGCCUCUGACGGUGUGGCAGUGAGCGGCGCGCGCGGCCGACCGCCCACCGACUCCUACAAGGUGUGUAGCACACACCUCGACGGCUACAGCGCCACGGCCGUCUGCCCCGUGAUCGGCCCGGCGGCGGCAGAGAAGGCGCACCGCACCGCCGAGGCCAUUCUAGCGCGCUGCCGGGACAUCUUCGCCGAGCUGAAACUGACCGACUUCAGUCGGACGCACGUGCAGGUGCUGGGGGCUGAGGAGACGUACCCAGACGGGCCGGCGCCGCCGCGGCGAGAGGCCGUGCUCUGGCUAGCUGUCAGCCACACGGACAAGCGCGCUCUACAGGUGUUUGGCCGCGAGGUGGCGCCGGCCGGCACGGGAAUGGCUCCAGGCCUGACGGGGCUCGUCGGCGGCCGGCCCAAACCGACGCCCGUGCUGCGGCUCGUGUCAUUCCUCGUCCCUAAACGUGAUGUGGACGUUUCGGUGGACGUGGAUGGCGUCGACGUACCGUUCACGGUGGCUGAGACCGCUGCAGACGCGUCUACCCCUACCGAUGGGCCUGCCGAGGCUCCCCCCGCCGCUACCGAGCCGCCGGGAGCGUUCACCUACCGUCUGGAGCGCUUGGCCCUCACUCGCAGCGGCGACAAGGGUGACUCGUGUAACAUCGGAGUGGUGGCGCGCAGCCCGGCCCUCUACCCGCACCUCUGUCGAGAGCUGACCGCAGAGCGGGUGGCCGCCUACUUCACCCGCCUGCUGCCCGCCGGGGUCGACCCGACCUCGCUGGUGGACCGGUACGAGCUCCCCGGGGUGCACGCGCUCAACUUUGUGCUACGCCAGUCACUGGGAGGCGGAGGGAUUGCCUCACUGCGGCCUGACCCGCAGGGGAAGGGGUACGGACAGAUGUUGCUCGAUAUGAAACUGUCCGGAAUGCCAGAGGUACCUGAGCUGGACAGAGAAGCGGAGAAAUGAGGGAGAGUGGUGGGAGCGGGACAAUGAUUAAUGGGUGGGCUUGGCGUUUGGAAAUGUGCCUGCGGGAGUUUGUCGGAGACAGCUGUGGAAAUGAUAUAUUUGUGAUAUAGGUGAUGUGCGCGUAAUGUCUGUCUACCAAGGCGUUGGAGCCUGCUUUUUCAUGCGUACCAGACAUUUGUUAGCAAAGUGAUGUUGUGUAAGCUCUGUUAAGUAAUUUGUCGAUAUAUUUCUGGUCGGACGUCUCCAUAGCCCGUAAAACGUCAAUGCGAUGCUGUGUUAGGUGCAAAGUGAAUUACGAUUUACGACUCUGUAUCGACUAUUGAGGUAAAGUAGAUGAGUCAUGGUUGUUCAGGUGUUUACCAGUGUGCAGUAGAGUAAUGUCAUAUUUAAAUGCCUUCAGCUGUCUGGUUUACCGCAGCUUCGAACCUAUCAAUGCAAUGAUAAUGUGAUUGCUAGUUUGGUAUAUCUUUCAGAAUGCCGAAUAUACUUUGUACUCCCUUGUAA